AAACAUAUGAUCUAAUUUAGUGCCCAACCGCAAAUAUAAUUCGGAGCAACCGCAGACGCUUACGCUUUGGAUUGUCCCAGAAUGCUGGGCGGCUUGUACGGCGAUCUCCCCCCACCGUCUUCCGCCACGGACGACAGCUCCACCACCACAUCCGCCACCAAUGUCUGGUCCAGCAGUGUCAAGAUGGCCCCAUCCACCCUCCGCAAACCCUUACCCCCUCCUCAAACCAUCCUCCGCCCCCCAAACCCCAAGCCCAAACAAUCCCAGACCACUGCCUUCAGUAAAAACACUAUUGCAAUUCAGCCGCCCGCCGUCGAGAAUACAAAUCCUAACCCUACCAUGUCUUCGUUUCAACCCGCUCUUGUCGGCGUCACGAGUUCCGUCUUAGAAGAGUACGACCCAGCCCGGCCAAAUGAUUACGAGGAUUACCGCCGGGAGCGAAAGAGGAAGCAAGCAGAGGCAGAGGUCAGGAGAGAACUGGAGGAGAGAGAGAGGAGAGAGAGGGAAAGGGAGGAGAGAGAGAAGAGAGAGAGGGAUCGCGAUAGGGAUAGGGAAUUGAGUAUUUCUGGAGAGGAGGCGUGGCGAAGGAGGGCGGCUAUGACCGGCGGCGGAGGGGGGGGGGGGAGAUCGCCGUCUCCACCCCCGCUGGGUAAUGGGGGAGGGGAAGGGUUUAGCAUUGGGAAGUCGGAGAGUGGAGGGUUGGGACUGGGAGCGGAAGGGAAGAUGACGGCGGCCCAGAGGAUGAUGGCGAAGAUGGGAUGGAAGGAAGGACAGGGUUUGGGGAAGCAGGAGCAGGGAAUUACAACGCCAUUGGUGGCCAAGAAGACGGAUAAGAGAGCUGGGGUCAUCGUGAAUGCCAGCGAGUCGAGUAAGAAGGUUAAGAGUGUUAGUUUCAAUGGGCCCCCUACCAGGGUUGUGCUUCUCAGGAACAUGGUUGGCCCGGGUGAGGUUGAUGAUGAUUUAGAAGGUGAGGUGGCAGAGGAGUGUGCUAAAUUUGGUACGGUGACUCGUGUCCUGAUCUUUGAGAUUACGGAACCAAACUUCCCACACGAUGAAGCUGUAAGAAUAUUUAUUCAGUUUGAGAGAGCAGAGCAAGCAACUAAAGCCCUCAUAGAACUUGAAGGUCGCUUUUUCGGAGGUAGGGUUGUACGCGCUUGUUUUUAUGAUGAGGAAAGGUUCAACAACAAUGAAUUGGCUCCCAUGCCGGGUGAAAUUCCUGGUUUCUUUUAACCAUUUCGAAGAUUUAGAAGUUGGUUGUCCAAAAAAAGACUCUCUGGGCUCCUUGUAUGGUCAGCCGCAGCCUGGGAAGUGCUUCAUCAGGCUCCUUUUAGUUUAAAUAUUUAGUCAGUGUUGAUAGUGCAUGUUCGAAUUCAUUAUCAUCUGAGCUGAGCCAUGUAGCAAGUAAUGUUUCUUGUUUUUAUUCUUACUGAUCUCUUGUGAAACUCGGAUUCAAGGGAUACGUACAAAGCAGUUUGAGUCGCUUUUAUACGCA